GCCUUGUAUAAAAGGCGAGGGUUUGUAUUUUUUGCUUCGCUUCGCUUCGCUGGAAUUCUAAUUUCCAUCACUCCGCAAACGCAAGCCGUUCUCCACCCACCAGAGGCCCCGAGUUCUCCUCCUACGUCGUCCAACAAAGGAAGUUGGCAGUCGAAGCUGCUUGCAUCUGCACUUUGCAAAAGUGGAGUCUCUAAAGUUUGAAGCAUCUUUUAUGUCUGAGCGGGCUUCUCUCUUUCAAUCAUCUAUCGGGUUCUUAGGAGAACAUUGUCCUGUAUCCAGGAAAAGGAGUUGUCAUAUAUCUCAUAAAAUUGGUUGUAUGAGUCUUGGAUCUUUUGGGGCCUACAACGCAAGCAGUUUGGGUUACCAGUUUAUGCAACCCUUGCUAAUCCCCAAGAACCAGUUUGUUGAAAAACAAGGAGAUCGUGAUUCUGCUGAGCUGAGCUUCUACUGAUACUCACUGUCUAUCGGGUGCUUGCUACUGAGAUUAAAAAUGGCAUUGCUGAACAUUGGUGCUUCCAACCGUGAUGAUGCCUUCUACAGGUACAAGAUGCCAAAGAUGGUUACCAAGAUUGAAGGUAGAGGCAACGGCAUCAAAACCAAUGUGGUCAACAUGGUCGACAUUGCCAAGGCCUUGGGAAGACCUGCUUCUUACACCACAAAGUACUUUGGUUGUGAGCUCGGUGCCCAGUCCAAAUUUGACGAGAAGACUGGAACUUCACUGGUGAAUGGGGCUCACAAUACUGCCAAGCUUGCGGGACUUCUAGAGAAUUUCAUAAAAAAGUAUGUCCAGUGCUAUGGUUGUGGGAACCCUGAAACUGAGAUCCUCAUUACAAAGACCCAAAUGCUCCAACUGAAAUGUGCAGCCUGUGGGUUUAUCUCAGACGUUGAUAUGAGGGACAAGCUCACAUCCUUCAUUCUGAAGAAUCCUCCAGAGCAGAAAAAAUCCUCGAAGGACAAGAAAUCACUGAGGAGAGCCGAGAAAGAAAGGCUGAAGGAGGGUGAAGCAGCUGAUGAGGAGAUGAAGAAGCUCAAGAAGGAGGUUAAGAAGAAAACCACCUCUGGUACUACAAAAGACAAAGCUUCGAAGAAGAAGGCCCAAACCCAUGCUUCUGACGAAGAUCGCUCCCCAACCAGAACCCAAGCUUAUGAAAUCGACCAAGAGGUGAGCGAUGACGGUGAUGAUGACAUCAAGUGGCAAACUGAUACUUCCCGGGAGGCCGUGGAACAACGGAUGAAAGAACAGCUUAGCGCUGUUACUGCAGAAAUGGUGAUGCUCUCUACAAACGAAGAAAAGAAAAAACCGGCAAUUGAGAAGAAGUCUGUGGAACAAACAAAGAAGCCGCAUGAGAAUGGCAAUGGCAGUAUACUGAAUGCUCAUGAAAAACUCGUCAACGAGAUAAAAGAGCUUCUGAACAAUAAAGGUACAUCUCCGACCCAACUGAAAUCAUCCUUUGCUUCACUGUCCGCCACUCCUCAGGACCAAAUGGAUGUUCUGUUCUCCGUCCUCUUCGAAGGUGUCGGGAAAGGUUUCGCCAAAGAAGUGAUCAAGAAAAAGGAGUAUCUUAUUGCAUUGAUGAAAGAAGAAGAAGAAGCGGUAACAUGGCAGAAGGUUUUGCUUAAAGCCAUGGGAAGUUUCUGCCAGGGGAAUGCGAGAACGGAAGCCGUGAAAGAGGUGGCACUUGUUCUGAAAGGGCUAUAUGACGAGGACUUGCUGGAGGAAGAGGUGAUACUCGAGUGGUACAAGAAAGGAGUGGCGGGCGACAACAAAGGCUCGGCCGUGAUGAUGUGGAAGAAUGUUAAGCCAUUCGUGGAGUGGCUCGAGAAUGCUGAGUCGGAGUCGGAGGAAGAAUGAGUGAUAACACAAAUUGCGAUCGAGGGUUUUUGAUUGUUUGGUCUUCUGAACAUCAACUUGGCUUUGUGGUCAUAUUUCUCGGUUUCCUCUCUUGGGUGUUUUCCCUUGUGGUGAAAACAUCGUUAUUCCCAGGUGCUGCUCUGCGCAUUGUGUUUGCUUUCAUCAUUUGGUUAGCAAAUGAAACUGAUUUGUUUGGUUUCGUGCAUCUGUUGUUUGGUCGAGUUUGUUUUGUUCUUUUAAGAGCCAUUAUCUUAAUGGGCUUUCUUGUA